AUGUCCAACCAGCAAGUGGGCACCGUAUUCGAGAAGGUCAUCCAGGAAGUCUGUGACGCUUCCGUGGUCGAUUUCGAAGAGAGUGGUGUUGAUCAAAAGACGUUGAAUGAUCUAAAAGACACCUGGCAGAAAAAGCUUUCAUCCGUGAACGUUGCUUCUUUCCCCUGGGAUCCUGCCCCCCAACCAAUCCAAGCCCCCGCUCUUCCUCCACAAGCUACCGUCCCGUCUAAUGCUCCUCGAGCUCCCCCUCAGCAACAUGUUCAGCAACAUGUUCAACAACAUGUCCCCGUCUCUAUGCAGCAUGCUCCUCAAUCUCUCCCCGCCCAAGUAGCGCCGAUGGGCGCCCCUCGGAUCAAGACCGAGCCUGGGUCAAAUAUGCCGAUGGGCAUGCCUCCCAUGCAUCAGGUACCUCACCAGAUGUCUGGACAGGCACCCAACUCUCAGUCAGCUCGUGAUCGCGCUGCAAGCCAUAUCCAGUCCAAAUUUGGUGCUGCAGCUUCCAACUCCGUGAGCCAGCUCCAGGCCCACCCUCACGCACAGCAGCAGUACCCCCAGAUGCAUGCCAACGGCCAAAUGCCCCAUAUCAAACAAGAACCCGGUUAUCCCUCUAUGGGACACAGUCAAACCGACGGUGCUGGCGAUUCGCUGGCUGACUGGAAGGCCGAGGUCGCUCGUCGGAGAGAGGCAGCUCAGAACGGCCAAGGUGAUCGCAUGCUUCGCGAGCACCUCAAUCAACAGAUGCUCGGUAUGGAAGGUGGCGGUCUUCUCCGUCCCUUGAGUGAGCAGAAAAUCUCGACGCCGGCAUCGCGGCAUGCGGUCGCAUGUCUCAAAGAAGCAACUGCAUUGCAAUCAUCCGCUGCUGCACCCAGAGUGCCUGGUCAAUACGACGGUGCCGAGGACCUUCCCCAAGAAGAGGAGGACGAAGAUGCCAUCAAUUCUGAUCUCGAUGAUCCUGAUGACCUUAUUGCUGAUGAUCACGAUGCCGACGAAUCAGAAGGUCAGGUCAUGCUGUGCACAUACGACAAGGUUCAGCGUGUCAAGAACAAGUGGAAGUGCACUUUGAAGGACGGCAUUCUGACCACUGGUGGCAGAGAAUACGUUUUCCACAAGGGCCAAGGCGAGUUCGAAUGGUAA